UCUGGUUAAUUGGUAUAUAGGCAUGGAGUUAUUGGGUUACAGGUUGGAACACUAUUUUUCGUUCUAGCUUUGAAGCAGUAGAUUUCUUUUGGCUCUCGACUUGGGCUUGGUAUGUUUUCAGGAAUUUACUCUCGAGUUCUCUUAAAGUUGACAUUGACAUUCUUAAAGCAUCUGCUGACAUUUUCAUUGAUCCUUUCUUAAGCCCGUCGUCACACACAUUCUUUACUAAAGCUCUUCUUUGUAGCUGAAUUUUGUAUUGGUCUUCAAGUUCUUUGAUGAAGUUUUCUAAAAAUUUUACCCGAUUGUUAUUUCUGUUCUAGUUCAGUUUUAAUUUUCAAGUCAACUCUUUCGAUAAGCUGAUCUACUGUGACAUGGUUAUACUCGAAUUUCUCUGUAUGAGUUUUAAUAUAAGUCUUGGCUUCUUUCUUAGCCAUCCAACUAUCCUUGAAAUAUUGAAAGCAUUUGCCCAUGACUCUCUUUUUGUACCAUAACUGACUAUACUUCUCUGCUCUCUGGAGGUUGAGCAUUGCAAUGGCUAAGUUGUGAUCUCUCUCUUGCUUAGCUUCCUCUAUUUUGUCUUUAAUUUCCUCGCUGGCUCUUUGAGUAUUCUCAUUAUUUUCAGUCAUAAUUUGUCGACUAAUAUGCUCGUCGCGGAUUUUAAGCAGGUGGACUCUUCUAAGUAUAUCUUUUUGGAACUCUCUUUCUGAUGUGUUGAGUUCACGCUGAAACUCUGAGCUUGAAAGUCCGAGUAGCUGACCCUCAAUGGUAAGUCUGGCCUCCAUUCUUAUUUAA